UUGUGACCUGGGCCGCAGAUCUAAGAGCCUUUCCCAGGAAUUGGUGUCAGCGCCUUUCUCCUCCACCGCUAGCCCGCCAGCCCGUGGCUGCAAGGUCUCCCCACACUUCCAUGGCGCUGCCUGGUCCAGUGGGUUUGGGUCCAUCACCGCAGCCCCAGCGCCGGUGGAGCUGAUGGGGUCUUGCAUACGCUGAGUACGGAUGGGGCGAGGAAGGAGUCUGCGGAGGAGGAGGAUCGUCCUCGGGUUAGAUACUACUUCCUUGCCUCCGGUGAUGGGCUCUGAGCCCAGUGCCUGGAAGUAGAUUGAUCCAAUACGAGUGAAUGCACAGGGCCUGGGCUGCCCAGAGCGCUGGUGUUCUGGAAAGCUCUCAGAACUGGGCUUGGUCCGAAUUGGACCCAGAACCUGCCCUUCCAAUUGCUACUCACUGGUGGGGAGAUAAGACAGAGGGGACGUGUGUCAGAGGGGACAUCAGCGCAAAUAAAGAGCCGUGGGAGCGCAGAGAAGAGCGAGCUUUACGUCUCACAGAGCACCCUCGCAAGCUAUGUCUUGUGUUUGAGGAGCUGACAUGGACCCAAAUCCUCGGGCAUCGCUGGAGCGCCAGCAGCUCCGCCUGCGGGAGCGGCAGAAAUUUUUUGAGGACAUCUUACAGCCAGAGACAGAGUUUGUCUUCCCCCUGUCCCACCUGCAUCUUGAGGCACAGAGACCCCCCAUAGGUAGUAUCUCAUCCAUGGAAGUGAAUGUGGACACCCUGGAGCAAGUGGAGCUUAUUGACCUUGGGGAUCAGGACGGAGCAGACGUGUUCUUGCCUUGCGAAGAUCCUCCACCAACCCCCCAGACGUCUGGGGCUGCUGACCAUCCAGAGGAGCUGAGCCUGCCAAUGCACAGGCCAGACAGGACCACGUCCCGCACUUCCUCCUCAUCUUCUGACUCCUCCACCAACCUGCACAGCCCAAAUCCCAGUGACGACGGAGCAGACACGCCCUUGGCACAGUCUGACGAGGAGGAGGAUGGGGAUGAGGGAGGGGCAGAGCCUGGAGCCUGCAGCUAGCAGUGGGCCCCCACCUAUGGACUGGCCGAGCUGGCUACUCUCCACAUGAGACCCUAGGCCCAGCCAGAGCCCUUCGGAGAAGACCAGACUCUACUUGUAGUAGGCACCAGAGAGAGGGUGGAAAGGAAGGUGGGGUGGUAUACCUCCUGGGAGUUAACCCUCUCCUGUUUUACUGCUAACCUUUCCUGCUGCAACCCUCCCAUUAGUUUUUGGCUUACUCCUGAGGUAGAGCUUCGAGCAAGGAGAUGGAGAUAAGGUAGGACAAGAUGCCACUGCUUUUCUUAGCACCCCUUAUCCCCCAAACUACCCGUGCAGUCUUCUAACGGAGCCUCCUACACCAGUGUCUCUAAAUGGACGCGAACCCUUCAGCACUCACGUGAGGCGGUGCCCGAGCGAUCCUGGUUCCCUGUGUCCUCGUUUGGAAUAGGGCACAGAAUAAACAAUAAACAAAUGA